UCAUGGGCAACAGGUGCUCCUUCUCCCACGUGUAGUCGUCUUGUCGACCAGUACAGUACCACCUCAAACAGCUGCAGACCUCGGUAGAAGUUACAGGAUGAAGGUCUUGGCACUAUGGGUUGUGUUGGCGGUAUGGGCGACGUGUGUGUUGACGACCUCAGCCAUAGAGGGAUCCCACCCACCCAUGCAUAGGAGGACGAACGAACACUCACACCAACACCAGAAGCAGAACAAGCACCGUCACCAUGUACCAAAAAAGCCGCCGGCGCAGCUUUCUAAUCCUAAACUGCUGGAGGACAACCAACUCUUGCACGACAGAGAACACUUGAAGGAGGAACUUCCUGAAUACUUGUCCUUGGACAGAAUCGAGCAAAUGUCAGACAAAGAGCUGGACUAUCACUACUUCAAAAUACACGACUUUGACAACAACUUUGGUCUUGACGGGAUGGAGCUCAUGGCAGCCAUCAACCAUAUCGAUGACGAUGACGAUGAUGACGUGGGCAUUGACGAGGAGAAGCUCAAGAACCUCAGUAAGGAUGAGAGGAAAAUAAUAGAAAACUUCCGCCAAGAGAAAUGGAAUGAAAAAUUAAAGUUUUACGUUGAACUGAUAGAUGACGUGUUGAAGGAGAACGACAACAACAAUGACGGGUACAUCUCUUGGGGGGAGUUCAGGCUGGCCCAGACUCGCAGGAAGCAUUCAUAAGUCACCAGGCAAGAGGUCCUCACCCAAGAAGACAAUAAUAAAUCAACUAUGAAUUUUAUGUUGUUUAUUGUGUGAAUAAUAAACAAAAAAUAUAA